AAAGGAGGCAGAUCAAUGGAAGCGGGGAGCCACACCCGGGCGGGGGUGGGGGAAUGUCACCGCGUGUCGCUAUGUGUCACCCCCGUGCCUCCCCCGUCUCCGUGCCGCCCCCCAUCCCGCCCGUGCCCCCCUCCCGGUGCCGCGCCCCCCCGCCGUGUCUGUCCGUGCUGCUCCCCCGGCCGUGUCUGUGUCCCCCCUCCGGCCGUGCCGCUGCCCCCCCCGUGUCCGUGUCGCUGUCCGCGUCCCCCCCGCGCCCGUCCCCGCCCGCCGCCGCCCCCGUCCCGGCCCUUUCUGGGCCGCCUCCAACUUCCCGGCCGGGGCGCGGCGGCGGCGGCGGCGGCUCCGCGGGGCUGCGGCGGCCGAGCCUCUUCGGGCGCCCCCCGGGCCCCCCGGCCGCCCCCCGGGCCGCUGCCGGCGGCCGAUGGCGGCGGGGGCCGCGGCGGGGCCCCCCCGGCGCUGGGAGCCGCGGCCCGGCCCGCGGCGGGGAGCGGGCCCGGCCCGGCCGUAGCGGAGCGCGGAGCGGCGGCGGCAGCUUGCCAUGGCCGACCCCAGCCACAUCCAGUCGGCCGCCUCCAAGAGCAUCCGCCCCUUCCGCUCCAGCGAGGAGUACCUGGAGGCCAUGAAGGAGGACCUGGCCGAGUGGUUCAACACCCUCUACGACCUGGACAUCCAGGUGGACACCUUCCUGGAGAGCCUGGAGACGGGGUGUCACCUCUGCCGCCACGCCAACAACGUCAACCGCACCGCCCUGGACUUCCAGGAGCGGCACCCCGAGGCGGCCGCCCGCAUGCGCGUGCCCCAGAACGAGGUGGUGUUCCAGGCCAAGAACGUGGUGCCCGGCUCCUUCAUCGCCCGCGACAACGUCUCCAACUUCAUCCAGUGGUGCCGGCAGGACCUGGGCAUCCAGGACGUGCUCAUGUUCGAGACCAACGACUUGGUGCUGAAGAAGAACGAGAAGAACUUUGUCCUCUGCCUGCUGGAGGUGGCCAGGAGGGGCUCCAAGUUCGGCAUGCUGGCCCCCAUGCUGAUCCAAAUGGAGGAGGAGAUCGAGGAGGAGAUGAGGGACCAAAUGGCCGACGGCGCGCUGGGCACGCGCCGGGAGAGCCGGGACCCCCAGGCGGGCGCCUUCCCCGGCCGGGCCCGGCCCAUCACCCUGGGCGACCUCAAGAACCUGGACGAGCUGGUGCGGGAGAUCCUGGGCUGCUGCUCCUGCCCCUCGCAGUUCCCCAUGGUCAAGGUCUCAGAGGGGAAGUACAAAGUGGGCGACUCCAACACGCUCAUCUUCGUCCGAGUGCUGCGGAGCCACGUCAUGGUGCGCGUGGGCGGCGGCUGGGACACCCUGGAACAUUACCUGGACAAGCACGACCCGUGUCGCUGUGCUGCCCUCUCUCACCGCCUGCCCCAGCCCCGCACCCCGGGCAUGUCCCCCCAAAAAGCAGCUCCCGGCACCUCCUCGUCCCGCGCCUCCAGCCCCAGCAUCCCCCGGCGCCCCCGGCCCCCCCCGACCGGCCCCCAGCCCCGGGGGGACCCCCCGAAGCCCCCCAGGCAGGAGGGUUUGCCCCCCCGCGGGGGUGCCCCCUGCUCCGGCAGCCCCUCCAGGAGCCCCGCGGAGCCGCGGGGAGCGGGGACGCUCAGGCCGCGCGCCCCCGCGCGCUCCCGGCGCUGCUCGGGCGACAGCGACUCCUCGGCCGCCUCGGCGCAGAGCGGCCCCCGCCGCCCCCCGGCCCGCCGGGACCCCGCGGAGCCCCCGGCCCCGGGCUCCCCCCGCGCCUCCCGCAGCCCCGGGCGCGGCUCCGCGCCGCUGCUGCUCAUCCGCCGCCGGCCCGACGGGCAGCACUCGUGGGCGCGGGCGGAGCCCCCCGCGGCCGGGCCCGGCCCCGCGGGGAGCCUCGGAGGGCGGCGCGACCCCCGGCCCGGCCCCGGGGACCCCGAGGAGCUGGCGCGGAGGCUGCGGGCCCCGCGCUGGCUGGAGCCCGGGCAGGAGCAGCGGCUGUUCCAGCGGCUGGAGGAGGAGUUCCUGGCCAACACGCGGCUGCUGGAGCAGCUGGGGGACGCGGAGAGCGCCCCCCCCGCGCCCCCCGGCACCGCCGACUCGGCAUACUGCUCCUCGUCAUCCUCGUCUUCCUCCCUGAACGUCUUCGCCAAGCACGGGCUGCCCGCCGAGGACGGGCGGCGGGGCGGGAGCAGCGACGGGAACAACAACGGGAACGACGAGGGGAACGACGGCGGCUGCCCCCCGCUGCCGUCCAACCCCAGCCCGGCAGAUGCGAGGCGCCGCUCCACCUUCUCCAGCUCCUCCGACGAGAGCUGCUGCUUCCCGGCCUCCUGGGACAACCGGGACACGCCGGGGAACCCCGGCUCCGACACCGACUGGGCCACCGGGGAGGACGAGCUGAUGGAGGUGGAGGAGGGCCCCGGGCCGGGGGUCCCCGCGCCCCCGCCGCGGCCCUGGGCCAAGCCCCGGCUGGACACGCAGCCCCACAAGACGCCCUCCCGGAUCCCCACGCCCCGCGGCUACGGGGCAGGCGCCCACCGAGCCCCGAACGGCACCCCCAGGGCCUGGGGCGCCCUGCAGAGCAUCCCCUCCUCCCUCCUGGAGCCCCCCUGGGCCCCGCGGGAGCGCGAGGGGCUGGACGACAACGCGUGGCCCUGAGGGGUCGAUGGCCGUGGCAGCUCCUGGCAGCCCCUGGGGACACCCCCGAGCUGCUGGGGAGGGUGGAGGUGGCACCCGGCCAGGCGACGGCCACAGAGCUGGGGUGGCCGGGACCUCUUCACGUGGUGACUGGUGGCAUUAGGGUGGGUCCUGCGAGGAGCCCCCAGCCCCAAAGGGUGCCAGGGGUGUCCCCAUGCCGUGGGGAGCAGCUCCACGGGGUGGGGCAGUCGUGUGGUCAGGGCAGUGGUGGCCGGAGCAGAGCUGGGAAUGGGGCUGGAGAGCACCCAGUUCUCUUCCUGGUCUCUUCAUCUCUCCUCACUCGUCCCCACUUGUUUUCCUUCUUGUCUUCUCCUCCCCUUCUUGCUAUUCUUGUCAUCCUCCUCCUCAUCUUCUCUCUCCUCUCUCCUUCUGGGCUGCCUCCUCCUUCUCUUGUCUUCUCCUCUUGGCCUUCACAUCCUUUUCCCUCCUCGUCUUCUCUUCUUGACCUUCCCCUCUUUUCUUCUUGGCCUCAUCAUCACCUCCUUGGCCACUUCCUCAUCUCCUCUCCUCUCCAGUCUCCUCUCCACCCUGAGAUGACUUGGGGACAUGCAGUUUGUCACCACAAGCCCUGUUCCAGGGCAGGAGGGGGUCACUGUUCCCUCUCCAGCCCCCAGCUGGCCACCGCACUGCCCACAGCUCGUGUUGAUGUCCCCGGGGUGGGACAGGGCGGUGUCCCCAGCCCAGGCCACCGUGGCCCCCACCCCUGCAUGUCCUCUCCAGCCAGUAAAGACCAACGGAGCUGAGCCCACCAUGUCUGCUCAUCUGUCGGGGAUUCAGACCCCCAGGCCCGAGGGAGGGAGGCUCUGGGGGUCCCAGCAGGGGUGGGAGCAGUGAAGAGCUGGGCUGAGGCUGUCCCAGUGCCCUGUACCCCAUUACAGCCACGGGGACCCCUCCAGAGGUGUCCCUGGAGCCCCGAGUGCCCCAUGGCCAGGGACCCUCCCCUCAGGGCUGCUGGCCCAGGGAGACGCGGGAGGUUGUGGGUCACAGGAGGGUCCAGACCUGCUGGUGGUGACCACCCUGCUGUGACUUUGGGGGUUCCAAAGCAGGGUGUCCACUGUGGUCCCUGGACACCUGCUCUGGCCCGUGGGGUGUCCCACAGCAGCACCAGUGAGUUGUGGGGUGUCCCAGAACAGGAUUUGUGGCUUUUGUGGUGAUCUGUGGCUUGUCCCAGAGCAGGACUCAGUGGUGCUGCUCAUCACCCACCCCACAGGGACCAGCAGCAGCUCCUGGGGACCCCACGCUUGUCCCCAACCCCAGGAGGGGCUCAGGGCACCCAGACUGGACACCAUGUAAGGUGCAGGGCCACCUUGGCCUUGGUGGAUCCCUGAGAGGCUCCAGGAGCAGAGCCACAAGCUCUCCAGGCCCUUCCUGUCCCCAAGGGGUGACUGGCCCCGUGUCCCUGGCCCUGCCCAUCUGCUGUGUCAGGCCUUGCUGUGCCAGAGGCCACUGGCCCCAGGGAGGGCUUAUCUGGCCCUGCAGGGCUGGCAGGAAGCUCCCAGGAUCCUGCUUCCCUCGGGGUCACCAGGCCAUGGCCACCCCAGCAGCGUCCCCAGGGGCCGGUGUCACCUUUAUUCAACAUUCCCUUCAAACCAGUGAACAUUUCAAUAUAUUUAUCUUUCAUAUA